CUGCGGCACCAAACUGAACCAGAGGCCCAAUUGGGAAAAGAUGGUUAUUUCCGUUCAUUUAACAUCACUGCUAAAGUCAAUGAAGGUAAUUUGUUGUUUUGAAGCAAAGUAUUUGGUAGAAUUAGAGUGAAGGAGUGGAAUUGAUCCACAGCCUGAGUCACCAGUUUAAGGACAGGAGGAGAGAGAAUCUGGAGAGGAGAAAAGAAUAAGUAGGAGACUGGACACUGAAUCUGGAACAAUGAGCAGAGAGGGAGAGGUGUGUGUGGGACAGAGAUUUAUAGAUUUGGAGGAAUGAGAGGGAAAAGUGUUCCAUAGAAACUAGAAUUCUCUGUUCUGAAUUUAUAUGUUUAAUACCACAAGGACUGCAGCGGUUGAAGAAGGCAGCUUACCACCACCUCAAGAGCAACUAGGGAUGGGCAAUAAAUGCUGGCCCAGCCGGCGAAGCCCACAUCCCAUAAAUGAAUAAAAGAAAAUAUCCUGUAUUUACAGUGAUAACUUCUGUAAACUCAUUUUACAGGAGGUUAGAAGGGGAGGAUUUCACUGUCACUUGAUUCAGCAGAACCUGAAUAUCACUGGCCUUUGAAUGAGGAAGGGUAAACAUUUGUCUAUUCUGUCUGUGGAAAAAGAUUUCAAACAUCAGUAUGACUGAUAAAGCACCAAGACUCGAAUGAGAGCGCUCCAGUGCACUGACUGUGGAAAGAAUUUUAAUCAGUUACACAGACUGAAUAAAAAUCACACCAUUCACAGCAGGGAAAAAUCAUUCAUGUGUUCUGCUUGUGAACAAAGCUUCAGCUGAUUGUCCAGCCUGGAGAGACACAAGCACAUCAGGUCCUUUGAGAAACCGUGGAAAUGUGGGGACUGUGGGAAGGGAUUGAUUUCCCCAUCAAAGCUAGAAACUCAUCGACGCUCUGACUCUUUCUGACAUUUUUAAACAUCAAUGUGAAUGGAAAAGCACAGAGACACGCACCCCUGAGUGCGACUGUUUCAGUGGACUGACUGUGGAGAGAGCUCUAACCAGUUAUACAGCCUGAAAAAACAUUGCACCAUUCACAGCGGAGAGAGGCUGUACACACAUUCUGUAUACAGAUGAGGCUUCAGCUGACUGGUGAACAUGCAGAGACACAAGGACACCUGCACCAUAGAGAAACCAUGGAAAUGUGGAGACUGUGGGAAGAGAUUCCGUUCCCCAUCUGCACUCGAAAUUCAUCGACGCAUUCACACGGGGGAGAGGCCAUUCACCUGCUCUCAGUGUGGCAAGGGAUUCAAUCACUCAUCGCAUCUGGUUACACACAAGCGAGUUCACACCGGGGAGAGGCCGUUCACCUGCUCCGUGUGUGGCAAGGGAUUCACUCAGUCAUCACACCUGCGGUUGCACCAGCGUGUUCACACUGGGGAGAGGCCAUUCAUAUGCUCCGUCUGUGGGAAGGGAUUCAGUGAAUCAUCCACCCUGCAGAACCACAGUGUUGUUCACACUGGGGAGAGGCCAUUCACUUGCCCCGUGUGUGAGAAGGGAUUCACUCGGUUAACCAACCUUCUGCGACACCAGAUAGCGCACACCGGAGAGAGACCAUUCACUUGCUCCGUGUGUGGGAAGGGAUUCACUCGGUCAACCAGCCUGCGGGCACACCGACGUGUUCAUACUGGAGAGAGGCCAUUCUCCUGCUCUGAGUGUGGGAAGGGAUUCCCAAAUUCAUCCAGCCUAUGGAAGCACCGGCGAGUUCACUCCGGGGAGAGGCCGUUCUCCUGCUCUCUGUGUGGAAAAGGAUUCACUGAAUCAUCCAACCUGCUGAGACACCAGCGAGUUCACACUGGGGAGAGGCCUUUCACCUGUUCGGAGUGUGAGAAGGAAUUUGCUGAUACAUCCAGCCUGCGGAAGCACCGCCGACUUCACACAGAGGAGAGAGACCGUUCACCUGCUCUGAGUGUGCGAAAGGAUUCACGGAGUCAUCCAACCUGCUGAGACACCAUUGCAGUCACACUGAUUACAGACCCUUUCGAUGCUCUGACUGUGGGUAUUAAUUGUAUCAGCUGUGGUUACAAAAACAUAGGUGAAGGGAAUUGAUUGGAUGGUUACUUGAGGACAGAUAAAAAGAAACUUACUGGCAUGGAGUGGAGUCAGGAGUUGUCUAACUAAAAUUUCACUCUGUGAAUAAGUCUAUACCAUGUAAAGACUGGCUCCAGUUUCUUUCUUCACCAUAAGGCUAUCAUGGUAACAGAUUGCUUGCCUAAUGGCGAAGGAUGGAAACUAAACGGAAAUAAAAUUUUGGACAAAAGCUUACAAUCCUAGUAAUUUUUGUGAGAAAUGGCUGAAAGCAAUUGUCAGGGUCUGAUACCCAGUCUCUGUUCUUGGAGUCUGAGCCAUACGACCAGUGGAAGAAUGAAGUGGAUAUGUGGACAUGGGUUAUGUCCCAACCAAGGAGGGAACAAAGUCUGGCCUUGACACUGUCAAUUCCUAACAAAAGUAAAAUCAGAACAGAAGUAUUUUGUGAGCUGGAUGCCUGUCAGUUGGAUAUCGAUGAAUGUUUUGAUCUUCUAUUCGGGUUCAUUGAUGAAAUUUACAAGAAAGCCUGUGAGCAUAAUCGGAUUUUGACAGGUUUUGAAUGAGGGUGAAAGCACCUUCAGCAGAUCUGGAUUGGAAUAGCACUAAUAGGUGAAUGGGAACAAUUAACAAGUGUUUCAGGACUAACUCAAAAUAGGAUUAUGAGCCAAUCUGCCCAAAGUGGAAAAUCAGGGUCUUCAAAGUGACUCAUGACACAGAGAAUUCUGAAGCUGAAGAUCAUGACAAUUAUCACUCUGAAGGAAUUGUACUCGUCACAAUGAGUUUUGGUCCAUUGAUGGGUAUAUUGUUCACAGACGCUUUCAACUCUGCUGUGUUAGAUAGUGGCUGCACCUCAACAGUAUGUUGAUCAGAUUGGUAAAGAUAUUACCCAGUUCUCCUCAUGGUGAAGAUGGACACAAGGUUAAGGAGGGUUCAACUUGUUUAGGUUUGGGUGAAGUCACACAUUGAAGUCACUAAAAAGAGUGGUGAUUCCAUGCAAAAUAUCCGGAUUCUGCCACUUUAUGAGGACUGAUGUAGUCUUUCGUGAGAUCCCCUCACUAUUGUGUAAACCUUAGAUAAAAGGCAUAAUUGCAACCGGACAUGAAUCAAGAUAAGACAACUGUUUUUGGAAAGUCAGUGAGUCUGCAGUUUACUCAAUCAGGACAUUAUCGUAUCCCUUUAACAAUACCUGCUGUUUCGAAUCAGACUGUUUGAGAAGGAUUAAUGGAAUCAAGUGAUAAGAAUCAGCGAGAAGAAAAGCAAAUUGUCUUUAAAGCUACAAAGACAGUUUGCUCACCCUUGUCAAAGAUUAAAACUCUUGCAGGUUGUAUACGAGGCUCAUAGAAGAGAUUAAUGCAAGGUGUGAAAUGUGUAAAAAAAAGUAUCAGAGGACACCGUCACAUCCUUUUGUAAACCUUCCCUUGGUACGUGACUUCAACGAGGUAGUUGCCAUGGAUCUAAAGUAUUUUAGGAGAGGAUUUGCAGACAGAAAUCCCAAAACAUCACAUCCUAACCUCACAAAGCCACUUGAUUAAUUGGGACGUGUAAAACGCUGGCCUUUGAAUCUGGAAGGAGAAAUGUUUGUCUGUUCUGUCUGCUUCAAAAGGUUUUAAACAUCAGUGUGACUGGAAAAGCACCAAGACACAGAGGCCUGACUGAAUGUGUUCCAGUGUACUGACUGUGGAAAGAGACUUAAUCAGUUAUACAAUCUGAACAAACAUCGCACCAUUCACAGCAGUGAGAGACUGUUGUCUGUCACAUUAUCUGUGUGGGGACGAGAUUUCAACUCAUCGUUGAAUCUGGAGAGACACAAGG